AUAUACCCCAGGCAGCGGGUUUUUCAAAUCAGUACCUACUUUGGUCUCGCUUAUUCUAUACACUUGAAGCGCACAAUGAGAAUGAUUAUUGUUCCAUGUUGUCUUGCCCUAUUUGUGGCGUUAGUCACAUGCGAGGGUACUGCUGCAGAGGACAAAAAAGAAGCAGAGGAAACGCAGGUUGAGGCCAAGGAAUCGAACGUGGAGAAACGUGGACUGCACGGAUUCUAUGGCGAUUUCGGGCACGACUUUGGCGGCCAUCACGAACAUCAUGAGCACAUCAAAACUGUGACGAUUGAGAAGAAGAUCCCAGUUCCAUACACUGUGGAAAAGCAUGUUCCAUACACUGUGGAGAAGAAAGUUCCUUACGAAGUGAAGGUACCUGUCCCACACCCAUACAUUGUGGAAAAGAAAGUUCCAGUUCACGUGAAGGAAGUUGUCAAAUACAACGUGCAUGUACCUGCUCCAUACACCGUCGAGAAGAAGGUUCCCUAUGAGGUCAAGGUACCAGUCGACAAGCCAUACGAAGUUAAGGUGCACGUUCCCCAGCCUUACACCGUAGAGAAGAAGGUUCCAUAUGAAGUUAAGGUUCCAGUGCCAGUGCCGUACACCGUUGAGAAGAAGGUCCCAUACGAGGUCAAGUACGAGGUGUCAGUGCCAAAACCAUACACCGUCAUCAAGAAGGUCCCUUAUGAGGUCAAGGUCCCAGUUGAUAGGCCUUACAAGGUUGAAGUUGAAAAACCAUACCCAGUUGAGGUACCCAAGCCAUACCCAGUUGUGGUUGAGAAGAAGGUCCCAUAUGAGGUGAAGGUUCCAGUCGAUAAGCCGUACAAGGUUGAAGUGCCCAAGCCAUACAAGGUUGAAAUCAAGGUCCCAGUCCCAGCUCCAUACACCGUCGAGAAGAAGGUUCCAUACACCGUCGAGAAGGCCGUUCCGUACGAGGUCAAGGUCCCAAUUGACAAACCAUUCCCAGUCUACAAAGAAGUGAAGUUCCCAGUCCACAAGGAAGUCCCAGUUCCAGUCAAGGUCCCAUUCCAUGUACCAGUCCAUGUACACGAAGAAGAACACCACGAGCAUGAGCAUGAACAUCAUUCCUUUGAGCAUCACGAUUUCCACUAAACUAUAUAGGUCACCCCCCCCCAAAAAAGCUCAUCCAGUCCCGCAGCUUCCCGCCUGAACUGAACUGAUUUUUAGAAUGUUAAACGUUCCUCCUGUUUAUUUGUUUCGCUGCUUACGAACAAAUUCAUACCAAUCAUCCAUUUGUGAUCUUAAAUGUAGUUGUUAAAGCGAGCAAUAUGUUGUAGAGAGUGUUGACUUCUAAGAGCAUCGUCCGCCGAUCCGGGGACGAUAUUCGAGAAGUAAAUCCGUUGUUGAUUAUUUGUUUUAUAUACUUUUACGCGAAGACAGUCGAAAUCAUAACUUUAUAAAACGGUUAUUGACCCAGCUACGAAAUUUGAAACUCUCAAAGCUGUACCAAAAAAAAAGUUACCUGUAAAUGAUUUUCAAAUACUCCAAUUGUUUAUGAUGUAAAACUGAUCAAAUUUCUUCACAUUUGAGUCGAAGCUGGUAGAAACGAGAUGUGAUAUAACUCUAUAACUACUUUUCGAACUUAUGUAAAAAUGAGAUAAAUAAAAGUAACCGUAAAUAUGUUUAACUUUUGAUCAUUUUUACGGCAUAAAAUUAA